AUGCUGGAACCGGUCUCUACCGCCCAAAGCCUAUGGUCUUUUGGCCUCUGGAUUCUGGUUAUUCUCUCGCCAGUUCUCUUCUUUGCUUCUAGAGAGCUGGGAAUUUUGAAUGCGAAAAAGCGGUUUGCCAAAAAUGGAUUUGAAGAGGUCCUCGCUGGUCUCAGAAAGAGCGACGUCUUUGGCCUGAUGACGAUUAACGGCCCCAAAAUAGUUCUCGCACCGAAAUUUGCCCAAGAGAUCCGUAGCAACCCGGCUUUGAGCGUUUCAGCCUUUUCAUCAAGUGAGCUGCAUGCACACAUUCGUGGAUUCGAUGUGUUCCGCCAGGGUGAAGCCGAUGAUAUCCUCCAAGAUACCGUUCGCAGCAAGAUCACCCAAAGCAUUGGCGACCUUAUCCAACCACUUUCGGAAGAAUGCUCCCUUACCCUGAAGCCAAAAUGGACAGAUAGCCCAGAAUGGCACGAAGUUUGUCCUCAUACCACUAUCCUCGACAUCAUUGCACGCCUUUCAUCGCGCGCAUUCAUCGGGGACGAACUUUGCCGUAAUCCCAAAUGGCUCCGCCUCACAGUCGACUUUACCGUUGACUCUUUUAGAGCCGCAGAGGCACUGAACUGGUGGCCCUAUGCGCUCCGUCCGCUGGUCGCUCGGUUUUUGCCCUCAUGCCUCAAGCUGCACAAGUACAUCCAAGACGCGGAUAAUAUGAUGAAGCCAGUAUUGGAGAGUAGACGGCAGGCUCAGGCCAAAGAUCCACAGAAGAGCUACCCCGAUACAAUCCAGUGGUUUGAGGAAACAGCGCAGGGCCGACCUUACGACCCUGUGCGUCUCCAACUAACCCUAGCCUUUGCUUCGAUCCACACCACCGCGGAUCUAGUGAUACAAACUAUCCUCGAUUUGUGCUCAGCCAAGAACUGGGACGAGCUGUGCCGCAGCCUCCGCGAGGAGAUCAUCUCCAGCUUUCGUGAAGAAGGAUGGAGAAAGCCAUUGCUUGCUAAACUGAAGAUCAUGGACAGUGCAUUAAAAGAAAGCCAGCGCCUGAAACCCGUUUCUAUAGUCGGGAUGGGACGGAUCGCGAAGGAAGCCGUUAAGCUCUCAAAUAAUACUAUUAUCCCGAAGGGCACUAGGCUGCUUGUGUCGAACACUGCGAUGUGGGAUCCAGAGAUCUACCCUGACCCGCGGACCUAUGACCCUUAUCGAUUCUUGAGACUCCGUGAAGCGAGUGAGAAUGAGAGUGCAGGUCAGCUGGUGUCCCUCUCUCCAACACACUUAUCGUUUGGACUCGGAAAGCACGCCUGCCCUGGAAGGUUCUUUGCUGCUGCUGAAGUGAAGAUCAUUUUGUGUCAUAUCCUCUUGAAGUACGACAUUAAACUGGCCGAUGGUUGUAAGCCUAAGCCUCUGAGAGCUGGGACUAAUUUGGUGGCCGACCCAACGGCCAAGCUGCUUGUUCGACGGAGGCAGGAAGAGGUGGCUCUUUAA